AUGGAAUCUUUUAUUUCUUCCCCUUUUUUUAAUAAUGUUAUUAAAAAAUUUCCAGCUAUUUCUAGUUUUCCCACACCAUUUCAACAUUUGAAUGUUAAUUACUUUUUACCAUUAGCUUUUACAGGAUUUGCUUUAAUUUUGACUAAUGAUAAUGAACCAUCUAACAUCAUUCAGAAGCAUACGCAAUUUGUAAACAUCAGGAAUAAACGAAUUCGGAUCGUUCACAUUAUACAUGAACUUGGUGCAAAAGUGCCAUUAAUUUUAUUUAUUCACGGAUUAGGUGGCCAGGCAGCACAAUGGGAAUAUCAAAUUGAAUAUUUCUCAUCGACUGCAAAUGUUUUAGCUAUUGAUUUGGUUGGAUGUGGGAAAAAAGAUUAUACUACGGAAUCAUUAGUGGAAGAUCUAAUAGAAUUACUAAGACGUUAUCCAAGUGAUAAUACGGUAUUGAUUUGUCAUUCUUAUGGUUGUUGCUUGGGUACUUUUUUGUACCAACGUGUAAAACAAUCUAUAAAAGCUUUGACACUUAUUUCGGUAAAAGCUCAAAUAACCGAAAAAGAUCUGGAACGACAGCGAAGAAUUCAAUCAAUACCUGAUAUUAUAUUUAAUAUUUUACGUAUAUUGGAUCGUCGAGGUGGGACUCAUUCUACAAGUGUUAAUCGCAUGCUAAGCAAAACUGCAAAUGAUAUGAUUAGAUCAAAGCAACUUCUAUGGAAUAAACAAUCAAAAACUCAAGUUUAUAAAUUUAUGUUAAAGGGAGCGAAAUGGUUUACCAGAGAAAAUAUAGAUGCUAUCGAAUGUCCUUUAUUACUCAUUUCUGGUCAAGCGGAUGAAGUUACACCACCUAGCGAAAUGGCACUUAUACAUGAAUGGAAUAAUAAAGUAGGCGCAUCACCACAGCCUGUUAUCAUUCAAGAAUCAGGUCAUGUUCCAAUGUUGGAAAAACCGGAAUUGUUAAAUCGUAUAAUUAAUCAGUUCCUUAUAAAUGAAUGCAGACUUGCAACAUUGGAUCCAGCAUGGCAAAUAAUCUACGAAACCAAAGACGAAAAUAAAUGGUCAAUGAAAAAUUAUGAAAAGUGGAAACAAACACCUAUUAUAUCAGAAAUUACUGUCAAUAACACAGGUUUUAGAGCAAUGAAAGUUAUGCGUCAGAAUGAUGAAGAACAUUGUCCGACGGCUUUUAUUGCACGGCACCCGGAAAUAGGAUUUAUUUUAGAUAUAACAAAAGAUUCACCACCAUAUCGAACAAGUGACUUUGACAAUUCUCAUAUCACUUACAUAAAAUUCAGUACAGCUAGUAAAAUUCCACCUUCACGUGAUGAGGUUAGAAAAUUUAUUCAAAUAGCAAAAGAAGCUUGGAAUAAGAAACCAGAUAAACAAAUUGUUGUGCAUUGUCACUAUGGGUUUAAUCGAACAGGAUUCAUGAUCUGUUCUUAUUUAAUCGAAGAAUUACAUUUAACAGUUGCAGACGCUAUCAAAUAUUUUGAAGAAGCAAGAAAACCAACUGGUAUCAGACAUCGUCAUUUCAAGGAUGAAUUAUUUCUAAGAUAUGAACCACCUCUUCGAAUGAAUCCACAUGUGCAAUUUAACAAUAUAAUUAAUCACAAUCAGCAUAAUCUGAAUAAAUAUAUAAUUCAACAUCAUAAUCUUACUAAAGAUAUAUCUUCUAAUAAUAUAUCAGCACCAAUUAUCUUUCCUUCCUCAUCUAACAGAUCAUCAUCAAAUAGCAACAAUAAUAAUAACGGCGAGAAUGGUAAUAAAUUGUCUUCGCCAAUUGGUAAUUACAAAAAUAUAUAG